UUUUUUGUUGGGAUAUGCUGUCAGUUUUAUCUUUCUACUUGUGAAUUUGUUGAUUUAAAUGUCGAUCUUUUGGGGCUAGCCUUUUUUGAUCAUCCCUCCUUAUAUCCUUUUUGUCUCUAUGUUUCUUUUUUAACGCGGCCCUUCAAAUCGAUUCACAAAACAUUUUGUUGUUUUUAUUACUUUUUUUUUGAUCGGGAUUUUUUUAAAUUAAAUGGAGAGAAGAGUGGAGUAUAAGCAAUGCGUUCUCCUCUUUCUCUGUUCCUGUCAGCUUUAAAAAUUUUUUUUCAAAAGUACCCCUCUUUACUAUUCCCCGUUCCAUUCCGUUCCUCUAUCAAUAAGAUUACCCUCUCUAUUUCCGAUAAAAAAAAGAGAUUUUAAUGUUUGUUUUUAAUAUUACAAAAAUAUCCUCCUUUAUUUGUCCCUUUCUUUUUGUCCACACAAUUUCAAAAAACAAAAAAAGACAAUUUUAACAUUUACUUUUUUUAAAUGUUGUAAUGUUUGUGCUUCUCGCUGCUCAAUCUUUCUCGCAAUUUCUUUAAAAAAAUAUUUUUUUUCUUGUAUUCUUUGUUUUUAAAUUUUAUUUUAAGCACAAAAAUCAUUUUAUUUUUUUAUUUUUGAAAAAAAUUUUUUGAAAAAUUUUUUUCUUAAAACAAAAUUAUUAAUCUCUAUGAACGACGACAACAGUUUUGAAGGUCUUGACGCAGAACACUCACAAGAAUUGGUUUCUUCCAGACUACCCUCCAGCAAUAAUAUAAUACGUGGACAAGAAGAUUCUUAUGCUGUUGGGAAGAGGAUUGCUUCUGGAAAAUAUGGAGCUGUUUAUGAGGUGUUGCGGACAAGAGAUGGAAAAUUAUUUGCUGCAAAACUCGAGGUUUGUGACAUUGCUACACGUGCUUUAAGUAUGGACUAUUUGGUUCUAAAAGCAGCAAACAAAUCACACUUGACUCAUUUUUGUAAUCUUAUUGACAGAGGAAUGAUUCAAAAACAUUUCAAAUUUCUCAUAAUGAAUAGGCUAGGAGAAAAUUUGUACAAACUUCGUCUUCAAUUUCAACAUUAUCGUUUCUCAGCCCCUACAGCAUUAAGACUUUCAUUGGAAAUGUUGAGUGCUUUAGAACAACUUCAUUCACUUGGUUAUGUUCACAGAGAUGUUAAACCUUCAAAUUUUGCUUUAUUACAAUCAAAGGAUAACAACAAGACGUGUCGAAUAAUGUUGAUAGAUUUUGGAUUAUGUAGACAAUUUAAAUUGCCAAAUGGUGAAAUUAAACCGCCUAGAGAAAAUACACAAUUCAGAGGUACAAUCCGUUAUGCACCAUUAGCAGCCCAUAGAGCCCAAGAACAAUCCCCCAAAGAUGAUUUGGAAAGUUGGCUUUAUGUUGUGGCUGAAUUUAUGGCUGGCGAAUUACCUUGGAGUGGUUAUCAUGGAGCUGAACGUGAUGAAGUUAGAAGAAUAAAAGAAGAGACUAGAAGUCAACAGGGAAUGAUUGAUCUACUUAAGCACUGUCCCAGAAUGGAAUUUCGUCGUAUUCUUACUUAUUUGGAUCAGCUUGAUUACAAUACACUUCCAAGUUAUCAAUAUGUUCGUGAUUUAAUUUCUUUGGCAAUAAGAAAUAAUGAUAUAAAUCCAGAAGAACCAUAUGAUUGGGAACAACAAAAUGAGGAAGAUGAAGGGGAUGAAGAUGAUAAAGAUGAAGAUAAGAAAGAGGAAAAGAAUGGGAGCAAAAUUGUUCUCGAAAAUAAUAAAAUAAUAAUAAAACAACAAACAGCAACCCCAAAUGGACCUUCCUCAACUGGACCUUUAAAUGGAAAAUAAAUAAAAAAAAAAGAUUUGAAUUGAUGAGAGGAGAGAGGAGAGGUUGUUUUUUUUUUAAAUAAAUAAAUUUUUUAAACAAAAAAAUAUUGUCCGAUCU